UUGGUGCCAGUCUGUCUCCCCUCCCUUUCUCUGGGAGGAUAGUGUACCGCAGGGCGGUAAGGGAAGAAGGGGAGUGGCCUUUGGUGUCAAUAUCUGUUGUGUACGCACAUGGUUCAUCUGUAGACUUUCGGCUGAACGGUGGAACCGAGUUUGCGUGGUGGUAAAUUAAAGAGGUAUUAUCUUGUACAGCACUAGCUACUCUGUAUGCUGUAAUAACACACAGAACAACAUAUUUGCGUCAGUCAAGUGGUAGAGCGACCUCGUUAUCCUUUUUAGAGCAUGGCUUCAGGUGCACCACCAGGUACUGUGGAAGCAGUCCUUCGGCACAGUGAAUCUGUUCCAGAAGACACUCCCCAGGUCCGAGGUUAUGACUUUAACCAUGGUGUAGAUUACCAUGCAUUGCUGCAGAGUUAUACCACCACUGGUUUCCAGGCCACCGCCUUUGGGCAGGCAGUAAAGGAAGUGAACUCCAUGAUUGAAAAGAAGCUGGAGCCUCUGAGUGAAGAGGAGCUAAAAGAAGAAAAUCUGAAUCCAUUAAAAAGAGAGAAGUCUGGCUGCACGAUUUUCCUGGGUUAUACCUCUAACCUCAUCAGCUGUGGGGUUAGGGAACCCAUCCGCUACCUGGUGCAGAACAAUAUGGUUGAUGUUUUGGUGACAACAGCUGGUGGAAUAGAAGAAGAUCUUAUCAAAUGUCUUGCUCCAACAUACUUGGGAGAUUUCAACUUGAAAGGGGAGGACCUACGGAAAGGUGCAAUUAACAGGAUCGGCAAUCUUCUGGUGCCAAACAAUAAUUACUGCAUGUUUGAAGACUGGCUCAUGCCUAUACUGGAUCAGAUGCUCCUGGAGCAGAACACCAUGGGUAUGAAAUGGACUCCAUCUAAGAUGAUUGCACGAUUAGGCAAGGAAAUAAACAACCCAGAAUCUGUAUACUACUGGGCAUACAAGAUAUCAGAUUGGUCAAUUGCCAAGCAGUUUUUGCCAAGAGAACUGGGCUCAUCAUUCUGGGUGGAGGUCUUAUAAAGCAUCACAUCGCUAAUGCAAAUCUGAUGAGAAAUGGAGCAAACUAUGCAGUGUAUGUUAACACUGCCCAGGAAUUUGAUGGGUCAGAUGCUGGAGCAAGACCAGAUGAGGCUGUUUCUUGGGGAAAGAUUCGUGUGGAUGCAACUCCAGUAAAGGUUUUUGCUGAUGCUUCCCUCGUCUUUCCUUUGUUGGUUGCAGAAACAUUUGCUCAACAGGACACCGCUUUCAGAUCUGGAAAGAAGCACGAAUAAGAGCGCCUACUUUAUGCUUAGAUUCUAAUCUGUGGAUUGGAUUUUCCUUCAAUAGCACGCAUCUCUUUAUGCAUAGAUGGUGUCUUGGCUUUCCUCAGUGCUUUACAGAGCAGACUGUAGUGGGGUUUACUGUUACUGACAUGAAGGCUCUAGGACUGGAAUAAGCUAUCCUUUGUUUGUUGGUGCGCUUCCAGCUGCAGUAGUAGCCUCAUUUUUUUCAGGAGACAGUGGUGGUUACUCUGUGGCUCUGCUGCUGGGGACAGGAUGUAUUGACUUUUAAAAGGAAGUGGGGGGUGAGGGAUGUAUAAAUACCAUGGUUGCAUAUAACAGUUCCGUAAUGUACAUCCCUUUUUAGGUUUCACAUAUACUUUCCAGAUUUUAUUUUCUUUGUGGGACUGCUGCCAAGUCCAGCAGUAGACUGUGCUUGGGAUGCAGGUCUGGGCAUUCAGGCUGCGGUAAAGCCUGACAGGUGAAAUGAGAUUCAGCUUCUCAUUGAUUGGCUGUAGGUGGCUUCUGGAGAGAGGAGCAGUUUUACGGGAGACCUUGCCCGUAUGGUGUACAUGAUUUUCUGUGGGGCUUUGCUUCUUUAAGGUAAUAAUAGUUUGUGUAUUUUUGGAGAAAUGGAAACUUUCUGUUGCUGAACUGGACAUCCAGGGAUGCCGGCUGAAUUUUGUUUUUCCUUAUUUGUGUCAGACAGGAUUUAAUGGCCUGGAUUCUGCUGUGUCCUAUUACUGACCUUUGACACACUGUGAAUGCUUGAAGUGUGACAGUUUUACAGUGUGCAGUGGCUAAAUGUGUGCAGAGUAUGGAGUUUUCAGGUGAUUCCACAUGGGUUAGCUGCUUCUGUGUAGUUUUGUUACUUCCACCCUUCUUCGUAGGUAGUGCACAGAUAUGAAGAUUUCUUUAUGUACUCGUGUGAAGAUUAAUUCAUGACUGCAGUUGCCCUUGUGCUGAACCAGAAACACCAGUGUGCAUCAGCCCUAGAUAUGCAUCUAGGUCAUGUCCUCCUUUCUUAGAUAUAAGGGAAUAGCAGGUGUCCUUAUCCUGAGUUUGUGGACACAGUGCAGAGCUGCAGCUGUUUGCCAACCCAGACCCAUAUAGAGAAGUUGUAGGUCUAUGGUUGUAUUGAAGUUGUGCAUCUGCAACUUUUGUUAGGCUCUCGCCUAUCUUUAGAAGUAGAAGAUGCAAGUGUGUAGUUGUCUCCACACACAUGGUAUUGUAUUGUGGCAUUAUUAUGUUGCCUGUGUAAGCCAGGUGAUAGUCUGGAGUCUUCUGCUGCUUUGCCUGUUGAGAGAGUUUUUUUUUUUUUAGUAUAGUCUGAAGACAGCAGUGCAUGUCGGUGGUGAUCAGCACAGGGCCAGAGACCCAGCUUGCUUUCCUUGUUCCUAAUGUAUCGGACACUUAGAUGUAAGCUGUGCCACAAUAUUCCUGCUCCCACCGAAGGCUGUUCCUCUCCUUGCCUGACUGAUAUGGACUCCUGCUGCCACUAAAGGCUGCUCCUGUCCUUACCUGACCAGUAUGGAUUCCUGCUCCUACUGAAGGCUGCUCGUUUCUUUAGCUGACCGAUAUGGAUUCCUACUGCCACUAAAGGCUGCUCCUCUCCUUACCUGACCAGUAUGGACUCCUGCUCCCACUAAAGGCUGCUCCUCUCUUUACCUGACUGAUACGGACUCCUGCACCCACUGAAGGCUGCUCCUCUCUUUACCUGACUGAUACGGACUCCUGCACCCACUGAAGGCUGCUCCUCUCUUUACCUGGCUGAUACGGACUCCUGCACCCACUGAAGGCUGCUCCUCUCUUUACCUGACUGAUACGGACUCCUGCACCCACUGAAGGCUGCUCCUCUCCUUACCUGACCAAUACAGACUCCUGCUCCUCUCCUUACCUGACGCAUAUAGAAAUGUCAGUGGGAAAACAUGCCAUUUUCCUGUCUGUUUUCAGUGUGUGCUCCUCUUAAAACAUUUUUUGUGUAGCCAGUAACCCCCCCCACACACACACACACACACACACACACACACACACACACACACACACACGCACACACUCACAAUCUACUUUUUGUUUUAGGACACACUUCUAAGUUUUGCUGCAUUUUUCUUCUGCAGAGGAGCCCUUCAACGUUUUCUUUUUUAUGGUAAGGUGGAGACUAAUUUAGGAUAUAGGGUCCUUUGGCUAGCAAGUCUGUCACAACAACCUUCAUAGCUUUUUGUUUGCAGUGAGUGCAUGAAAAUAUACUUUCAGAAAUGGAGGACACACCGUUAUGAAUGCAUUUGUAAUAAAGAUGUGAGCCUGGACAAUGAGGAAAAAAGGAAAUACAGUGAUUGGCUCUUAAAAGGGUUUCAGACUUGACCUAAAUGUGUCUUCGUAACCUACCUUAAACUUAUCCAGUAAUUCUGUUAUCAUUCUGCUUUGCAGCUGCAUCCUAAAUGGCUAUGCAAAAGUGUCCGAUGGCUUUUCUGUUCACUUUACAGGAAAGAAGAUGUAUUUGUCAGGAUAUCGGGCAUCAGUCAUAUGAAACAGUUAUUUCCCAUGCCAUAGGAUAAUUUCAUCUCUCAGCCCCAGAGUAACUUCCCAUUGUACACAUUCCAACUUUAUUACUUAGUCUGGCCCUUGUGGGAAUAGCGCUGUCUGCACAACAGUACAUUCUGCUGUUUUAUAUAUAAAUUCAUUGCAGUGCCUGAUUACAUUUGGGCCACUAUUCUAAACUUGCAGCUAAGAUAAUUGAAUCUAUAUUUUGGAGGGGUGCAUGUAUUCCAUACAUUUUCUCAUCUGUUAGAUUAUGUUACUUGCACAUGUCCUAUUUUGUUGUUUUAAAUCUGAUCAUGCAACUGGUCGCCUUAUCAUUUUGAUUAUAGGUUCUUCUUUCUCAGAUCCUGUACUCAACAUAGCUUCUACUGUAUUUUUUAUUAGUGGUUUUCCGGCACAAGUCCUAUAGCACCAAAGUUUUUAGAGUUUAAGUUGUAGUGACAGCAUCCAGGUAUUAGUUUUAUAAGGAGGACCCUAAGCCAGAUGCAGUAACACUAAGCCAGCCAGCUAGCUGGCUAUAAAUCUGUUUUGUCCAGUGCCACAGAGUAAACUGCUUAACGUUUUACUCCAUAAGUAAUGCCAGCAGUGUUUUGAGUUGAGGAAAAUUUUUUCUUUCAGGGGCACUUCUUUCAAUAACUUUUACAAAAUGUGCUUCCAGCUCUGACAUACUAGCUAUGCUUCAGCUUAUGCAUUUGGGCAUAGCAUACAGAUGAGUUAACAUAUUACUUUCUGAACACCACAUAAGCUGUCCAAGUUCUGAGUGCUGGUUACGUGACAGUGACUGCAGUUUGGGGUAUGCUACAUUUCUAAGGAGUCUCCAGUUUGCCCUCUCACUUUUUGCAACCUUGUACUUGGUUACAAAACAGGAAACCGGAGGCAUGCGUUCAGUAAGUACCUGGCUGGGUAGAGACUUUGAAACCUCUGACUUAAGACAGAGUAUUAGACAACGGGAGAGAACAUUGCAAACCAAAACAGGAUGUUCUGCUAAGAACGCAAGGUCUUGUUAAAUGUCAGAGGUCAUCUGUACAGAAGUAAAUAAGGCAUAACAAAAACUAGCAGUAAAGUAGACCACACACUCCUGCAUGACCACCACAACUACCAUUUCCCCUACACACGCCAGUAUCUUUUAUGCAUGUCUGUAUUCCUUGCACACUUUCAGUGAAUUACACUUGCAUUACCAUUGCAGCAAGUAUGUGUGCAACUUUCUGUAUGGCAGAAUAUUUUCAAAGUUCAUCUCUGCUUGACCUACUGAAAAAUUUCAGACAUUUUAAAACUUUUUAUGCAGCUCAGGUGCUGGUUUUGCAGAAAUAUGAUUGCUGUAAAACCCAAAUGUGCAAUUCCAAAUCUAGAAAAAAAAAUACACCUGUUAACAGAACAAUCUCAAAACCUCUGCAGAUGUAAAUGUUCGGUUGGUUCAGUAGAACUGUGGCUACCUUUUUUUUAAAAAAAAAAAAAAACACACUAGCACAGACUUAUUUAAAUGAUAACUGAUGUGAACCAUUAGAUGUCCUUUCAUUUCACUGUUGCAGUACUCCUUACAAUAGGGAUCCCUUGACAAGGGCAGCCCAGUGCCUGGCCAGUAUACCAAAGCCUUUAAGUUGCUAAUGGUAUGCUGUAAGUCACAUGUUGUCCCCACUUGUAUCGUAGGGCAUAAAGGUGAUGUGCGGACAUACCAUCCUCAGAACGUCUUUGCUGCCAGUCCGAAUGCCAUCUUCGGUAGUUGGUCUGAAAGCUCGCUUCGUUUUCUUGUUCACCACGCUGUUUUCAGAUAAGUGCCUCCUUGGGGUUUUGUUCUUGCCUUUUUUCCUUUGUUGCUUGUGGGGUUCAUGCCAUCCAGAAAGGGUAAAUGUCAGUGCCAGAGAGAGAUUCCUCAUAAAGACUGUGAUAAGUAGUGUUUAUUUUGUCUAGGUGCUUCACAUGACUGUACAUCCUUUUCUAUUUGCCAGGCUUUCAUUCUGAAGAGACUGCAUAAUUGGCUUUCCUCUUUGGCCAUAUGUUUAGAAAAUCAAUAUCUUAAGCUUUUGGCAAGAGAUUCCAUGGAAGGAACUUCCAGCUAUGAGAGUCAGCCAUCCGUGAAGAAGGCCAAGAAGUCUAGGUCUGAUUCUUCAGCUGUGCUGCCAAACGUCUCUCUCGGGGCUAGUGAAAGUCUGGAGGAACGCCCAGCUCUUGGGUGGAUUCUUCUGCUGCGACCACUUCAGAUGCCAGCAUGGAUCUGGCUUCAUGAUUGUCCCCGGAGACUUUGCAUAUGUCUGCUUCGGAGGUCCGGUGGAGCACUGGCUGAUUAUUACCAAGGGCCUAGGGCUGUUCCUCAGAUUUGGUUAGGGAGGAGGUACCAACUACAAUUAGACUAUUGUAUAGGGUCUGAGCCUUCCAAAUUUUACAAGGUUGAUGUCCCUUUAAAGAAGAAACAAAAAACUAAAUGUUUCUCAUGCUGCUAAGAACCCUCAGAGCAAAUGUCAGAAUUUCACUCAAGGUUUGUUUAGUGCCCUUAUGGCUUUGAAGCCUCGUCAAGGAGUUUCUGUAAUUGUCUUUCCCUACUUAGAUGACCUACUUUUUCAGGCUCACUCUCCAGAGAUUCUACUGCAGCAUCUUCAUUUUGCCAUUCCCCCCUGCAAAUCUGGUGUUCCCUAUAAAUUUCCAAAUGUUUUCCUGACUCCUUCAUAGGAUCAUGUGUUUCUGGGAUGCAGGAUCCAGACGGUUUCAAAGAUGGCAUCCUUGCCUUCUCCCAAUGCCAUAACUCUAAUUGUCUUUUUUCAAUCCCAUCUUCCUCUGGCCUCAGUUACAGCCAGGGAAUUUCUAAGAGCGCUGGGUUUCAUGGCCGCCACCAUUUCUAUACUCUGUCUAACCAAACUCCACAUGAGAAAGCUUCAGUGGUUUUUAAAGUCGGUUUGGCUUCAGCACUCUCAUUCUCUAGAUUUCAUAGUCCCUCUUCUUCCAUGCCUCAAGCUGGAAAUUCAGUGGUGGGUUCAGCAGUUGUCAAUUAAUCCAGGGCUUCCUUUUCAGUCUCCACUCCUCCCCUCUCAGGAGCUGUUCACAAACACUUCAAAUGUGGAAUAGUGAACUUCCUUCGGCUGUCUAAAGGUGUGGGGCCCCUGGUCAUUUCAACAAAAGAAAGACCAAAUCAGUGUCAGAGAUGAGAGCUCUUUCAUUUCAGGUCCCCUCAAGGUAAUGAUGGACAAUACCACAGUUAUAUGGUACGUCAAUAAGCAAGGGGGGGGGGGCAGGAUCUUAUUUCCUGUGUAGGUUAGCAUUUCAAGUGUGGAAGCUAGCUAUCCAGUAUCAAGUGACACUUCAGGCAGUUUACAUUCCCUCAGGUCAGAACAUUAUGGAGGACUCUGUUCAGAUCCACAUCACAAUUUCAUGAGUGGAUGCUUCACAGGAAUGUGCUUCUGGACAUUGUCAACCAGUGAGGUACUCCUCGUAGAUUUAUUUGCCUCUCCUCUGAACAGACAGCUUCCACUUUUUUGUACCAGGGCCUUGUAUCCUGUGGUCUAAAAAGUGGACACCGUGUCUUUUUCGUGGAAGGAGAGGUUUCUUUAUGCCUUCCUUCCCCUUCCUUUCAUUCCAGAAGUCCUGUUAAGAUAAAACGGGAUGCUCCCAAAAUCUUGCUGGUGACUCCAUUUUGGCCCAGACAGCAUUAGUUCACUCUUAUUUUGCAUUUAUCCAUGGGCACUAAGUUACCUCACAGGGUGGACCUACUCGCACAAGACAAGGGAUCUCUCCUCCAUCUCCAGCUGUCCACUCUUCAACUGACACUGUGGGUGAUAGGAUUUUGAUUCUAUAGACACCUUUUUUUUCUGAGGAAGUUCUUGGGGUUCUGCAUGAGGCCAUGAAACCCACUACUAGGAAAUCCUACUUAUUCAAAUGGAAGAGGUUUCCUUUUUGGUGUCUUUCUCGUAACCUGGAUCCACUUUCUGUGGAUGUUCCUUUAGAUGCUAUUCACUGCUGCAGUAUUCAUAACAUAUGGGAUUCCCUGCAGUGGAAGCCCGACAUCCGACCAAUCUAUCAAAGAUUACUACAUAGGACAUAAAGGUGAUGUUCAGGCCUACCAUAAUUGGAACUUCUUUGCCACCAGUCUGAACAUAUCUUUUCACUGUCAGUUUGUUUACCUGUGUCCAUUUUCCACCAAUUGAACCCUUUUUUGUUCUCCAGUGACUACCUAUGCCUGCCUGUUUGCUAACUUCUACCAGUUGCAUUGAGAUUUUGUUUUUUCUUGCUUUUUUUGGAAAUGUUAACUCUGGCUCCUUUUGUGUUUGCUGCUUCGGCUUCCUUACAAUAUUGUUCCUGGAAGGCUGUUCUUUUGUUAGCUCUUGCCAGAUGGGUGCCUGAGUUGCAGGUGCUUAUGGCUUGUCCUCCUUUUUUUGAUUUUUCUUGAGGACAGGGCAUCCUUGCACACUAACCCUUCCUUUAGGCCUAAGAUGGUUAAUGAGCUAUCACUUAGUCUAUAAAUCUGCCUACCCCCCCCCCCCCUGCAAUCUGACAGUGAGAGGGUGCUGCAUACUUUGCAUGUGCAUGGGCAACUCAAGAUUUAUUUGAAUAAGACUAAGGCUAUUAGAAAAUCUUAUCAGUUAUUUGUGUCUUUUUCCUAGAUCUUUGGGACUUGCUCUAUCUAAGCAAACUAUUUGUUCUUGGAUUUCUAAGGCUAUUUCCUUUUGUUACACUUUUUAUGGCAAGAGCCUUCAUUCCUCAGUUAAGGGUCAUUCUAAUAGAGCUGUGGCUUCUUCUGGUGCUUUUUUCAAGGGCUUAGAUACUAAUUCUGUUCUUGAAGCAGCUGUGUGUACCUUUACCAAGCACUACAAGUUGGGUGGCAUCUCUAGAGCUAGGGCUAGUUUUGCUAGUGCCAUUAUUCAUAGCUUUUUAGGGGUCUCUUCUGCUCCUUCCCCCUCCCAAGUUUCCUCUUUAGCUUUGGCACUGUCCCAUAUAACAUUGCAGCAGUGAACAUAAGGACAUAGUACAGUUGUGCAAAAUCUUACAAUAAAGGUAGAUGCCUUCACUGCUGCAGUAUUCACUCCAUUCCCUCCACCGCCCUACCUCUUGGGUUCCUUGUACUGGUGUUCCUACUGGGGCAAUCGGUUUUGAUUAUGGUAGGCCUGAACAUCACCUUUAUACCCUAUGCUAUGCAAGCAGCAUUUGGGUGACGUUUGGAAUAUCUUAAAGCAACAGUCUUUGGUAGACUGGCCAGAUGUUGGGCUUCCAUGGCAGGGAAUCCCAUAUGUUAUGAAUACUGCAGAAGUGAAGGCAAGGACAUCUACCAUUAUGGUAUGAUUUUACACAACUGUACUUCUGUGUGAAUUGCUCAUUGCUGGGUUGACAUAUUCUUCUGUUAAGACACACUUGUCCGCUGUUGUAGUCUGCCCCUCUAGCACCCCUUUAGCCUCUAGAGUUGAAGAUAAACAAUUGCGUAAAGGCAUUCUUUAUAUUAGACCUCCCAGGAGGCAUAUCCCUCCUUCCUGGGACUUUGUUUUGGAUAAAUUAACUUCAGCUCCUUUUGAGCCUGCGGCUUCAGCUUCCUUGCAACAUUUUUCUUGGAAGACUGUUCUUUUGUUGGCCCUUACUUCUGCCAGACUGAGCUUUGCUCUUAUGGCUAUUCUUCCUUUUUUUUAGUUUUCCAUAAGGACAGGGUGUCCCUUCAUACUUAUCCUUCUUCUUUUAUGCCCAAAGUGGUAAAUGAGUUGUCUCUCAGUCUGUUCAUUUGCCCGCUUUUUUCCCUUCCCAGCAGUCUGCUGGUGAGGUUUUACACAGUUUGGAAGUGCAUAGACAACUCAGAUUUUAUUUGGAUAAGACCAAAGCGUUUUGCAAAUUUGAUUAACGCUUUUUAGUUUCCUUUCAUCCUAGAUCUUUGGGACUGGCUGUUUCCAAGCAAACUGUUUCUUCAAUAUCUAAAGCCAUUUUGUUUUGUUAUUCUUUUCAUGGCAAGAGCUUCCUUCAGUUAAGGUUCAUUCUACUAAGGCUGUUGCUUCUUCUGGUGCUUUUUUCAAGGGUUUAGAUACUCUGUUCUUGAGGCAGCAAUCUGGACUUAUCUGAAAACAUUUUACCAAGUACUACGUUGGAUAUGAUUUCUAUGGCUAGAGCUGGUUUUGCUAGAGCCAUCUUUCAUUGGUUCCUAGAGGGCUCUGCUGGUCCUUCCUCCUCCCUCUUCCUCAUGAGCUUUUGCAUUCUCCAUUUUGUAAGGAAUACUGCAACAGUGAAAUGGAAGGACAUAUAGUACAUGUGGGCAGUUAAGGGCUCCUUUUAAAUAUUGCAAUUACUCAAUUCUUUCCCACAGCUGUACUGAUGAAGUUAAGAUGUGGUUAGUGGAGAAAGAUAAUUAGUAUAAUCAGGUAUUGGUUUUGGGGGUACAGACAGUAGUUCUACACUGGCAGGGCUGCAUUGUGACAGCUUACUGUAAGAUCAGGUCCCUAGUACUAAGGCUGUUCUAGAGAACCCAUGUGCAAUAGUAGCUCUGUAACUCCAGUAGCAUUCUAGUGCAGUGUUAACUAUGCAAUUGAUUUAGAAAUUUUGUACGUAGUCCUUUCUUAAUUCACACAGCUAUGGCUGACAUGAAGUAAAUCAGAUUAUAUCACUCAUAGAUGUACUUUUUGAAGUGCCGUCACUAACAUGCUCCAUGCUGUGUGUUAGUGUUCCUGUGGAACCCUGGGGCUGCUAUUACAUCUUAACACAGUCAGGUCUUUUGUCUAGAAUGCUGUUGAAGUACUAGCAUCUUGAAAUGUAGCAACUCUAGAACCAUGGAACACUAACUUUGCAGUCAUUUCUUUGUGAAACUCUGAUCAGUAUUGCCUCAUUGUAUAGUUAGCAACCACGAUACCUCAGUGUGUUACUUUAAAACUUUGUCAGUCAUUUUGUUGCUGUUAAUGCAGUUUUGGAGAUGUCUUCUGAGUGGUGGAGGUUUUUUGUUGUAUUUUAAGGGAGAAGCUUAUUCUAAGGUUUUUUUUUUUUAUUAUUUUUUUUUCCCCAAGUACUGAUGUAGCAACAGCAGUACUAGAAAUGUUUCUGUAUUGUAUUCUAGCUGUGUUACAAAGGACAUUUUUACAUGUUUGCUAAUUCUGGUCCAUGCUUUUCAAGUUUUAUUUUCAAAAGUACUGAUUAAAAUAAAUGUUCUGUGUUUAAAAAAAAA